AUGUGUAAAGAAAAUCAUACGUUGUCUCACUGCAAGAAAUUUGUUGAAAUGAAAUUAAGCGAGAGAACCGAAUAUGUCAAGAACAAACAUUUAUGUUUUAACUGUCUAGCACUAGGACACUCAGUGAAGAGAUGUAAAUUACCAGUGUCCUGUCAAAAAUGUCACCGACGUCAUCAUUCUUUACUACAUGAGACUAAGAAUACAGAACCAACGGCUACACCGAGCACCUCACAACCGUUGGCUUCACAGCAUGUAGUAGAAGAGAAGGAAGCAGUUCAAGUGAACACAGUGAUCGCGUCACACCACACAAAUAAACAUGGGACAGCACUAUUAGCGACUGCUGUAGUAGAAGCAACAAAUGCAGAAGGUCAAGUUAUUUCUCUACGCGCGCUGAUUGACCAGGGUUCUCAAGCUACAUUUAUAAGCGAGAAAGCAACUCAAUUAUUGAAACUGAAGCGACAGCCAGUCAAAGGAAGUGUUUUAGGAGUGGGUUCUUUGAGAACAGAGCUAAAACACGUGGUACAGCUUAAUAUAAGAUCACAAUGGGACUAUAAGUACAAUUUACCGAUUCAAGCCUACGUGAUGUCUAAACAACUGACCACUAAGAUACCCACCAAAACAAUUGUCAAGCAACCAUGGCCUCACAUCGACGGGCUUAACUUGGCUGAUCCGAGUUACUUAACACCUGGUUCUGUAGAUCUGCUAUUAGGAGUCAAGGUAUACGCACAGAUAAUACAGCCAGAUUUAAUAAAGGGUCCACCAGGCACUCCAACUGCACAAAAAACAAACCUGGGUUGGAUUAUUUUCGGAGAUAUCGUUGAAAAACCACAAAACGAUACUUACCUUGUGAUGCAUCAUCAAAUCGACGCCGACGAAAUAUUAAAAUCAAUAUGGGAAAUAGACAUUGAUAAAAACAGACAUUUGACAAAGGAAGAUAAGAUUUGUGAGGACAUCUACGAGAAAACAACAACAAGAAAUUCGGAAGGAAGGUACAUAGUCAAAUUACCUUUUAAAACUUACAGUCCACAACUAAAUGAAACAAGCACGAGUACAAGUUUACAGUCACCUGAAGGAAACACAAAGGUGAUAGCCAAACAAAGAUUCUUGCAACUGGAGCGGAAGUUUAGGAAAUCAUCUGACCUGAAAAAGGAAUAUACAAAGGUUAUAAACGAUUACAUAGAUCAAGGACACAUGGAAAAGAUACCUGAAGGAGAAAAAGAAAAAAGAUCAGUAUACUUACCUCACCACGCCGUAGUUCGUACUGACAAGGAGACCUCACGAACACGCGUCGUCUUUGAUGCUUCCUGUAAAGGCACAAAUAAUAUUUCACUAAAUGAAGAAUUAUUAGUAGGUCCGCAGCUGCAAGAUGAUUUAAGAUACCUUCUUAUGAAAUGGAGAAUGAAGCGUGUCUGCUUCAUGGCCGAUAUUAAACAGAUGUAUCGCCAAAUAUUGGUGACUCGUGAAGACGCAGAAUUUCAAAGAGUUAUCUGGAGACCUGAUGAGAGCGAAGAUUUCCACGAAUACCGUUUGUUAAGGGUCACAUUCGGCACAGCAUCUGCACCGUACUUAGCUGUUAGAACACUCCAUCAAACAGCCGAUGAUGAAGGAAAGGAUGAACCACUCGCUGUACAAUCCAUUAAGGGUAAUUUUUACAUGGAUGACUGGCUCGACGGUGCUGACGACACUGAAACUGCUAUUUCACUAGCCAAAACUGUCACUAACAUCCUACAAAAGGGCGGAUUUCAACUCACAAAAUGGUCAUCAAACGAUAUAAACUUUAUGAAAUCUGUUGAUGAAGAAAAGAGAUCAACAAACGCACAUAUAGACAUGAAUCUUGAUGGAAAAGUUAAAGCAUUGGGCAUUGUAUGGAACCUAAAAACAGACACAUUUCAGUACAAUUUAACUUUCCCAACACCUGAAAAUGCUUGUGUAACAAAACGAAGUAUUUUAUCUGAUAUACAAAGGCUUUUUGAUCCACUUGGUUGGAUUGCACCGAGCACAGUAAUGGCAAAAAUACUGUUACAAAAACUAUGGCUCGAAAGGGUGAACUGGGAUCAGAACGUAAGUGAAACAUUACAUGAAGAAUGGAAUCAGAUAAGAUCGGAUUUUGUAAAUGUGAACGAUGUACAAGUGGACAGAUGGCUUGGUACAACUAAUAUAAACAAAACUCAUAGACAACUACAUGGAUUCAGUGACGCUUCGACACGAGCUUACGCAGCAGUAGUAUACAUAAGAACUGAAACAAAUGGCAAGGUUGAACUAAAACUCAUUGCUGCUAAAACAAGGGUUGCACCACUAAAAACUAUAUCCUUACCAAGACUAGAAUUGUGUGGGGCAUUAUUACUUUCCAAGCUUAUGAAACAUAUUAGUCUAGCAAUGCAAAUUCCACCUUCAGAUAUGUAUGCAUGGACGGAUUCAUCUAUAGUUAUAGCAUGGCUAUACGGUGAUCCCAAUCGAUGGAAAACAUUUGUUGCCAACCGCGUCGUCGAAAUUGUAGAAAACCUAAACUACAAGCGCUGGUAUCAUGUAAAAUCAAGCGAUAAUCCCGCAGACUUGGCCUCUCGAGGAAUGUUGCUGUCCGAACUAACGAAAUGUGGCUUGUGGUGGAGAGGACCACGUUGGUUAUCUGAAAAGGAAAUAAAAUUUAGUAAACAGGAAGUUAUUAAAACACAAUUAGAAAUGAAAAAACAGAAGAUCAUUACUCACCUCAGCACAGAAGAUCAGGAUAAAUCUAUAACUACACAAUUUGAGAAGUUUAACGACUUACCAGAAUUACUUAAAGUUGUAUGUUACUGCAGAAGAUUUUUAAACUACAAAGAUAAUAAGAACAUAAAUAAACAAAUAACGACACAAGAAUUAGAAGAUGCUUUGACAAUUUGUAUAAAAAGAGUUCAAGAACUAGAAUACACUGAAGAAAUUGAAAGAUUAAAAAUAAACAAACAAGUAAAAAGAAGAAGUCCGUUGCGAUCCCUCAACCCUUAUCUUGAUGAUAAACAUAUCCUCAGGGUGGGCGGUCGCCUCAGACACGCAAACUUACCUGAUGAAAGAAAACAUCCAAUCAUUCUCGGAAAUAAAAACACAUUGUCGCGUCUGAUUAUAGCCGACGCACACCUUAAGACAAUUCACGGAGGAAUUCAACUGAUGUUAUGUUAUCUUCGUUCAAAAUAUUGGAUUUUAAAGGCAAAAUCAAUAGCUAAGAAACAUAUACACAAGUGCUUGAUUUGCGCAAGACUUAAUGCUACCGCCAGAGCUCAAAUUAUGGGAGACUUACCAAAUGAGAGAGUAACUCCAUCCAGACCAUUCUUGAAUAGUGGCGUGGACUUCGCAGGGCCCUUUCAGAUUUUAUUAUCUAAGGGUAGAGGAAAUAAAACAACAAAGGCCUACGUUUCGAUUUUCAUUUGUAUGUCUACAAAGGCAAUUCAUAUUGAGCUUGUAAGUGAUCUUACUUCAGAAGCGUUUAUCGGUGCUUAUAGACGGUUUGUUGCCAGGAGAGGCAAAUGUAGCCACCUGUGGAGUGAUCAAGGCCGUAACUUCGUCGGAGCUGACAAAGAACUCCGGGAUGCCUGGAAAGAAGCAAGCUUACAGUUCACUGGAGAAAUUGCAGAGACACUAGCCACAGAGGGUACUCAAUGGCAUUUCAUCCCCGCUUACAGUCCCUCUUUCGGUGGAUUAUGGGAGGCUGGUGUAAAAUCUAUAAAAUACCACCUGAAAAGAAUUGUGACAACUCACCUGACUUACGAAAAGAUGACGACGAUACUCUGCCAAGUGGAAGCCUGCUUGAAUUCUCGUCCGCUUUGUCCCUUAAAUGAUUCUGAUCCAGACAACAUUAACCCACUUACUCCAGGACAUUUUCUAGUUGGAGAGGCACCUAUCGUUGUCCCAUCACCGGAUAUGAAAGACAUAAAGAUGUCCAGCUUGUCUCGCUGGCAGCAUACACAGAAACUGGUUCACGACUUCUGGCGGCGAUGGCAAGAUGAAUACUUAUCCAGAUUGCAACAACGUCCCAAGUGGCAUAAAAAAGAAGAUGACUUUAAGAUCGGAGAUGUCGUCUUGAUAAAAACCGAUAACUUGCCACCUGGAAAAUGGUACUUGGGACGAAUCGUCGAUAAACAUCCCGGUCCGGAUGGUCUAACGAGGGUGUAUAGUGUCAAAAGUGGUAAUUCUGUAACUAAAAGAACUGUAACAAAGUUAUGUCCAUUGCCUCUCGAUGAAACCUAG